AUGGCGGGGUCCGGCCUCCCCCGGCCGGGGCUGCUGGCCGCCCUGCUGUGGCCGCCCUGCCAGGGGGGCAGCUGCGGGGCGCUGCAGUGCGGCGAGCGGGAGGGCUGCUGCCUCCCCCCGGGCAACGCCACGGGCGGCGAGUUCCAGUGCUGCCCGCUGCCCUUCCACACCUUCCUGGACAACGUGGGCUGGCUGGUGCGCAAGCUCUCCGGGCUGCUCAUCCUGCUGGUGCUCUUCGCCAUCGGCUACUUCCUGCAGCGCAUCAUCUGCCCCAGCCCGCGGCGGCGCGGCCGGCGGCCCCGGCCCGGCCAGCAGGACGACGAGGAGGAGGAGGAGGAGGAGGAGGAGGGCGACGACGAGGACGACCCGGACUCGCCCGGCGGCCGGGCAGGCGGCACCCCGCUCGACGGGACGGCCGCCACCUCGCAGGACUCGCUGCUCGACCGCCGCGCCCCGCCGCCGCCCCCCCUGCCCGGGGCCGCCGCGCCCGUCUGCUUGCAGCUGCCCAGCUACGAGGAGGUCAAGUCCCUGCCCAGCUACGAGGAGUCCAUGAGGCCGCCGCCCCCCCGCGUCCUGCCGCUCACCAGCCUGGCCACGGGGGCCCGCACGCGCCUCGCCCACCCGGACUGCUGGGCCGGGGGCAGCUGA